UUCCAGGCGAGUCUGCGCAAGGGUUGGGGAAGGCGCUGGGACUGGAGCAGGAGCAGCAGCCGCAGCCAGGGCCCAGCAGCAGCAGCAGCAGCAGCAGCAACAGCAGGAGGAGAAGUCCCUUGGUGGCUGGGUCAGGCAGUGGGUCAGGCAGCCAGGGCUGGAGGGCAGCGCGAAGUGGAUGGCAAGCCACGCGGGGACUCCGGGCAGGAGAGCCUCCUCCAACAACAACGCAACCCACAACAGCAGCAGCAGCAGCUCCUAGGGGGACUCUCGCCACCUGCCCACCUGAGGUUCAUAGCGUAAUGUCCAUGCUGUGCUACACUCUGAUUAUAGCGUCUCUGAUCAGCAUAUGGGCAGCACCAAAAUCUGAAGAUAAUGCGCCUUUGGGGUCUCCUGCAACAUCUGACAUUUCUGAAAGCAGUCGGACUAAAACACGCCAUGUUAUGAAACCAACUCGGCACAGAGACCAGAACCGGCCUGCUGUUGGAAAGUCAAAGGACAAGGAAAUGGGACAAGCUACAAAUGUCUUCGUGGAUCCAAAGCUUUUUCAGAAGAGGCGGUUCCAAUCACCUCGGGUUUUAUUCAGCACUCAGCCCCCACCUUUGUCAAGGGAUGGUCAGGGUGUGGAAUUCCUAGACAGUACAGAUACCCUCAAUAGGAAUAUCCGAACCAAACGGGCAACUCAUCCUGUACAUAAUCGAGGAGAAUAUUCUGUAUGUGACAGUGUCAGUGUGUGGGUUGCCAACAAAACCACAGCAACAGACAUCAAAGGCAAAGAGGUGACUGUGAUGGUGGAUGUAAACCUUAACAACAAUGCUUACAAGCAGUACUUCUUUGAGACCAAGUGCAGAGACCCUAAGCCAGUGUCCAGUGGGUGCAGAGGCAUUGAUGCCAGGCACUGGAAUUCCUACUGCACCACUACACACACCUUUGUCAAGGCUCUGACCAUGGAAGGCCAGCAGGCAGCCUGGCGCUUCAUUCGGAUUGAUACUGCCUGUGUAUGUGUAAUCAGUAGGAAAACUGAAAACCUCUGAGAUUGGCCAAACCCAUUCAUUCCCCUAUACCCACCUCCUCCCAGCCCCCUACCUCAGUCUGUAAAUUAUUUUAAGUUAUGUGGACUCUAUGCUAUAUUUAUAGUUUAUAUAGUAAGGAAAUAUUUAUUAAACUCUUG